AUGCCGACAAUAAAACAGUCUAACUUCAGAUUGGAACCGACAAAAUCUUUUGUUGAUUCAUCAUUCUUCAUUGACUUAACAAAAAUUAAGUUGGAUCAAAUGAAGUUGGAUACAUCAGAACGGGAGAUCUUUGGUAUAUAUGACUACACAAGUGCAAAACUAGGUAGUAGACCUUCGAUAUCUUUAAGCAGUAUUAGUUUUCAGAGUAUAUCGGAUGUGUGUGAGAGUUUGCCUCAGAAUACCUGUUUUAUUACACAGGGACAUUUAAAGAACUUAAAUACGCUCGACGAAUUCAAAAAAAUAGACAAGAAGACAUUUUUGCGCAAUAGGGCGCUAGAUAUAUAUUCGGCAAUAGAGAGGAAGGAUGUCUUAUGGGAUCCGUCGAUUUUAUCACAGUUCUCAGUAAUUUCGUUUGCAGAUCUCAAAAAGUACAAGUUUUUCUAUUGGUUUGCCUUUCCACUUCUUCACGCAUCAUUCAAGACAGAGAAAAUUCACAUUACCAAGGAAGACACUAGGAGGUACAAAAAAGCCAUUUGCAAUCUUGAAAUACGUCAACAGGUAUAUAUUUUUGAAGAAGGGAAGGAGGGUAUUAAAAUUAUACCCUUUUCAAAUUUAACGAAAUAUAUCAAUGAUUGCAAAAAAGUCACAUUGCUAUUCAUUGACACUUCAAAAAUUUCAAAUUGCGCUUCAUAUGUUUUGGGAAACUUGAUCUCGGCCUUGUCUGUGUAUGGAUUUUCGGAUGUGGACAUUAUUAUUCAUCACGUUGGGCUUUCGUCUGAUUUAGAAUCGUUAAUCCAUUUCUCAAUUGACAAUACCUAUUGCGUGACAGAUCAUGUAACUGGGUGGGAAAGAAUGGCAGAUGGCAGAUUGGGUCCUAAAUUAGCAAACUUGGGAUCAUUGAUAGACCCAGUGCAGCUUGCUGAUCAAUCGGUGGAUUUAAACUUGAAAUUGAUGCGUUGGCGUAUAGCCCCGAAAUUGGAUUUGGAUGUGAUUCGCAACUCAAGAUGUUUGCUACUUGGAUCGGGUACACUUGGAUCGUACGUUGCUCGAGCAUUACUUGCAUGGGGUGUUCGAAAAAUCACGUUUGUUGAUAAUGGGAAGGUUUCUUUCAGUAAUCCCGUUAGACAACCUCUUUACACAUUUGAGGACUGUCUUGACGGCGGCCACAAUAAAGCUGAAACUGCAGCAGAAUGCUUAAAGAAAAUUUUUCCAAAGGUUGAAGCCGAGGGAUACACCUUAGAUGUUCCUAUGGCCGGUCAUCCAAUAAAAAACGAAAGUGCAGAGAAAAGGGAUUUUGAGAAGCUGGAGCGUUUAUUCGAUGAGCACGAUACUGUAUUUAUUUUGAUGGAUUCAAGAGAAACUAGAUGGCUUCCUACGGUAAUGGGAAAUGCAAAAGGUAAGAUAGUGAUCGAUGCAGCAUUGGGUUUUGAUUCAUAUUUAGUCAUGCGGCAUGGCUCUAUUAGGCUAGACGUUCCACUGGAACAACAACAAGAAGGGAGAUUAGGAUGUUAUUUUUGCAAUGAUGUGUAUGCACCAUCCGAUUCUUUAUCUGAUAGGACAUUAGAUCAGAUGUGUACAGUUACACGUCCAGGUGUGGCUAUGAUGGCGGCAUCAUUGGCAGUUGAACUAUUCGUUUCAAUUUUACAACAUAAGGAUAAGCAAUUUGCUCCUCACUCUAUAAAAGGUGAAGAAACAGUGUUAGGAUGCUUGCCACAUCAGAUGAGAGGAUUUCUUCACAAUUUCGAGAUCUUGAAAUUGGAGGCCAAGAAUUUCAAGUACUGUUCGGCCUGUUCAACAAGAGUUAUUGAAAAGUAUAAUGAGGAUGGUUGGGAAUUUGUCAAGAAUGUUUUAAGUGAUACUCAUUACCUUGAAGAUUUAGUUGGUCUUACGGAAUUUCACGAGGAAGCGGAGAAAGUUGCAUUGGCAUUAGAUUUAGAUGAUAGUGAUGACAGCAUAUUAUGA